CCAAAGCUUCAAUGUCCGUCCAGUUGCGGACCGCCAACUCUGGCAUCUCAUAUGUUGUCUCAUAUGGACUCCCAGUGUAGGGUCAUGAGAUUACCAGCUGUUGAUUUGACUGACACUGGCUGAUGGCCACUGGAGAUUCAGGUUUAUACCACGGCACAUGGGAGAAAGACUGACAAUGCAAGCUCUAAAAUGCUGCCCCACCCCUCCUGGGACUAAUAUCUGACAAGCAAGCACUGCGUGUGCAUGAUGAUAAACCUACUGUGUUUCCAUACAGCGUGACAGUUUUACUACAGCAGUGUUACUGACAGCAAAGAGGCGAAUCAGGGUGCCGUUCAGGUGAAACUGGAACUCGGUCAUCGUGCCCAGGUCCGAAAGAAACCCACCGUGGAAGGUUUUACGCACGACUGGAUGGUGUUUGUCCGCGGACCGGAGCACAGCAACAUUCAGCAUUUUGUGGAGAAGGUGGUAUUUCAUCUACACGAAAGUUUCCCGAAACCAAAAAGAGUGUGCAAGGAUCCACCAUAUAAAGUUGAAGAGUCUGGAUACGCUGGAUUUAUCUUGCCUAUUGAAGUUUACUUUAAAAAUAAGGAGGAACCAAAAAAAGUGCGCUUUGACUACGAUUUGUUCCUGCACUUGGAGGGUCACCCACCUGUCAAUCAUCUCCGCUGUGAAAAGCUCACGUUCAACAACCCUACUGAAGAGUUCCGCAGGAAGCUGCUCAAGGCUGGAGGGCAACGGGAUCCUCACAAAAGAUCUUCAGAGGACUCUAAAGUAAUGGUAAUGCAGGAGGGCUCUACUUCUCUGUUCGGGCAGCAUCUGAAGCUGCCCACAUUACCCAGCAGCUCAUUAACAUUGCCCUUCUCUGAUGUGAAAAAGAGCAAGUCUUUUCCAGGGUCAAAGGACGGGUCCAAAAGCAGCAGUGCACUUACAACCACAAACAAUAUCAGCAGCAGCUCCCUCAAACUCCACAAACCUUCUAAGGACCAUAAGGACAAGCCUUCCAAAGACUCAAAAGAGUCCAAAAGUGCCUUCAGAGAUUUCAGCAAGGACUCUGGAAAACUCUCUAAAGAUUCUAAAAAACCCAAAGAGAAUCAACCAAUUCAGGAAGAUCGCCCCAUUCCCCAAAUGGGAUUCAAGGAGCCCAAGACCACAUCGAAGGAGCAACGUUCAUCAGAGGGUAGCUUCUCAAGCUUGGGACAGAGUAAACGGCGGCCUGUGUUGGACAGUGAAGGCCAUGUUACCAAAAAACGGAAAAGCAGUUUUUCAGAGAGCUCACAAAAGCAGCAAGCGUGUCCUACCUUGCUACAGCAUCACCAUUCGGAUAAAAAGGUCUUGAAAGACAAGCCGCAAGUCCGGCAUAGUAGGUUACAAAAUAGUGAACUUUCAGAGAAGAGAAAACCGCCAGCAUUACCGCCCUUCCAGGAUGUGUUGGACCCGAAUGACUCUGACAUGGAUGACAACACGUUCACAAGAUCAGACUCGGAUCAGCCCAGUCCAGCCAGCUCCGGUUCCAGUUCGAGCUCCGGCUUUGGACGCACACACAAACGUCAAGUAUUGGGUCCUUUGCGGUCGGUGAUUCCAGAUUUGCAUUCAGAUGAAAACGAAGAGGAUUCGGAAGAGGAGGACGAUAAUGACAUGGACUCGGACAUGGAGCGACCGUUGCACAUGCAAAUGACACAUCGCCACCGCAGGGUGAGUUUAAGUGACGGCAGUGACAGUGAAAAUAGCUCUGCCUCUUCACCACUGCCCCAUAAUGACCCCCAACCUCUACUGAAAACCGCCAAUAAUCAGAUACUCGAGGUGAAGAGUCCUAUGAAACAAGCAAAGAUGGACAAAAAUAAAAACAUUGACUAUGACAAGGCAUACUUGGAUGAGCUGGUUGAGCUUCACAGAAGACUAAUGACACUAAGGGAAAGGCACAUUUUACAGCAGAUUGUGAACCUCAUUGAGGAAACGGGACACUUUCACAUCACAAACACAACUUUUGACUUUGACCUCUGCUCUCUGGACAAAACCACAGUUCGGAAGCUGCAAAGCUACCUGGAGACUUCUGGAUCAUCUUGAAGACUUGUGCAGCUGGCUGCCACGAGGAGGAAAAUCACACCUCCCUUUUUCCCUUCUUUUGUUUUUUUCUCCUAAAUUGAAACUUGUAAGGCAAUGGAAAGGAUCCGCUUUCAUUCCAGAUCUCCUCUCGUCUCUCGAAAGGCCUCAGAAAUCGGAAACAUUAUUACAUGAGUCUGGAGAUUCUUACACUCCACCUGGACUUCACCCAAAAAGCCUUGAUAAUCCGACAUUGCCAAAAAAUGUUCUUGCUCCAAAACAAAAUACAUUUGUGUAUAUUGUAUGAAUGUUUGAUACGUUUUUUGUGACGAAUGCAUGUUUCAACACUGCCUUACCACAUUGUCUAUUUAUUGAGUAUGAGUUUCAAGUGUGUGUGUAUGUAAGUGCAAAUGAUAUUAAACUUGUGCAAGCACUUGGGAACAUCA